CCCCUCCCUUCCCUUCUUCUCUAGCUAGCCCCCUCCACCUCUUCCUUCCUUCCUUCCUUCGUGCGGCGUAAGCAUCGGCGGGGAUAGGAAAAGCCUCGUCGAAUGCGACAGGCCUCGCACGCGUCCUCCUCCUCCCUCCCCCUCUUCCCCGCCCCCGCGCGCGGCGGCGGCGGCGACAGGGAAAUCAAGGGCCAACAGUGCCCGCGCUCCCCUGCCAGUAGCUAGCUAUAGAUCGAGCCGUAGCUCUCGCCAUCAUCGGCCGGCUUCUCGUAAGCGGCAGCUGCACCCACGAUCGAUCACACCGACGGGUAGCCCUGGCCGAGCUAGCCAUAGCUACCAAGCUUUUUUUUUUUUCAAACAAAGCUACCAAGCUAUUGAUAGCUCGGUUCACGCCCUCCCUCCCCUCUCCGUCCGUCCUCUACCACGGCCCGGCCCGGGCCCUGUAGUACUAGACCAGUACCACACUAUGUUGCUUGCUCCCCUACGCUUCUUCUUCCUCCUCCUUCCUUCCCCUGCAUAUAUGAUUAAAUAAUCCCAGCACCAAGCUAUAUAUACUCCAUUCCUACCAGCCAGAGGUCACACAAGGUCCAGCUACAGCAACAUAGUGUGUAGAUGUGUGUUGUUGCAGCUGCUGAUUCUUACCACUCCUCAUCGAUCUCCUUCUUCCCUCUCUCUCCCUCCUCUUCUCCUCACAUGUCCAGACAUAUAGCCAGCUUCAGAUAGGCAAAUUGGAUUGUGUUCAUACAGAUCAGAUCACAGUGAAGAUAUAGACAAGUUAGCAGGAGAAUCGAAGAUCCAUCUAUAGAUAGAUAUAUAGCUAGCUAGGGAUCUAUCCAUCGACUGAUAUAGCUACUGGCAGAAGAAGGUAGAGCCAUGGGCCUGAGGGACAUCGAGCUGACGCUCCCGCCGGGGUUCAGGUUCUACCCCAGCGACGAGGAGCUGGUGUGCCACUACCUGCACGGCAAGGUGGCCAACGAGCGGCUCGCCGGCGCCGGCGGGGCCAUGGUGGAGGUGGAUCUACACACCCACGAGCCAUGGGAGCUUCCUGACGUUGCGAAACUGAGCACGAACGAGUGGUACUUCUUCAGCUUCCGCGACCGCAAGUACGCGACGGGGCUUCGCACCAACCGCGCCACCAAGUCCGGCUACUGGAAGGCCACCGGCAAGGACCGCGUCAUCCGCAACCCCAAGGCCGCCGGCCGCGCCGUCGUCGGCAUGCGCAAGACCCUCGUCUUCUACCGCGGCCGCGCCCCCAACGGCAUCAAGACCAGCUGGGUCAUGCACGAGUUCCGCAUGGAGAAUCCCCACACCCCACCCAAGGAGGAUUGGGUUCUGUGCAGAGUUUUCUACAAGAAGAAGGCCGACGCGAUGGAUUACGCCAUGGACAACGAGCGAGACGUCGCCAUGCCUCACGGCGCUGAUCAUCCGGGCUACUCGCCUCCGUUCCCCGCCCUCGGCAGCGGCCACUACCAUCUGCCACCGCCGUCUUCAGACCACCACGGCGGGGGCGGCGGGGGCGCCGGGGCCGGCUCCCUCAACGACUUCCCCGCCAUGGCCCUGCUGCAUCAUCAGCACAGCAGCAUAUUCGACUUGCACGGCCAGCCCCACGACGGCGGCAGCAACGUCCUUGCGGCGGCGGCGGGGUCGAGAGACGGCGGCGCCGCCGGCGAUCAAUGCGGCAGCGGGGUGCUGAUGGACCUAGGAUUGGACGAGCACUACAACUACAACUACAACAGCCUGAUGCAGAUGUGAUAUCAUAUCGGUGCUGCAAGCUAGCUAGCUGCUCCCUGCAGUGUGUGCGCUAAUGACCAGCUUCAUCUGAUCUUAUUCGUUCUCGUCAUCUUUGUGCAGAUUCGAUCGGUUGCGCAUGUAAUGCACGCGUAGCGUGUAGUUAAUCUACGGGAUUAGGAGUGCUGUUCGUUGCGUUUGGGUUGAUGACUAGGCUGUGGUUGGAGUUCUCUGAUUCGUGUACAUAUUUGUGGAUCGGUUUAUUGUAUUGUUGGCCGGGGAUGGAGCUGAAGUUUGGAACCCUUUUGUUGUUAUUAUGUACUGUGUAAUUAUAUAUACCAUUCUUAGCAUCGCAGUUGGAGUUGUUUCAAAUUCUUGUCAA